AUGCUUUUUGAACCUGCCGAGAUCUCCGUGGACUCGGUGGAGGCUCUCGACUCCCGGACGGCCCUGCUCCGGUGGAGCCUCGAGUACAAGGGCAACCUGCCCAUCAAGCGCUACCACCUGCAGAUGAAGAACUACAGCACGGCCGGGGGGUCGGCCGACUGGCUCGACAUGGACGACAAGAUUCCGGCCAACGCAACCAGCUACACCGUGAGGUACCUGGCACCGGCGGUCACCUACGGAUUCCAGCUUGCGGCCGUCAACGAGGCCGGACACAGCAACUGGGAGGCCAAGAACCUCACCAUGCCUGCAGAUGUUCCUCCCAAGAUAACGUGGGUGCAGAUGAUGGCUUCUACGAAUGAAACUCUGCUCUUCGGUUGGCGACGGCCAAGCCACGACAACGGCGCAGAAAUCAGCAAUUACGUAGUCCAGCUCAGCCAAGAACAGAAAGUUGUCGCCAACGAAACACUCCCGGUUCUGCCAUCCGAGAAACAGAAUUACAUAUUCAUUUUCGUCGGCCUGGAGCCAGGAGAAUGUUACGCCUUUCAGGUGCAGGCUUGCAGCACCAUUGGUUGCGGCAGUUGGUCUGACGAACUAGACGCUAUUACAGCAGACGGAAUGGCAGACCCUCCCGAAAACGUGGAGAUGCGCUGUUUUCAUGACAGCACGCUUAACUACGUUGUUGUUACGUGGGAUACACCCAAAAAUGCCAGAGGAAGUGUCCAAGCUUAUAAUAUAACUUUGGAAGGAAAUACCCGCUACAGGAACGACAGCGGCUUCAUAGUGCCAGACAACUUCGAGGAAUUCAAUGAAGUUCCAAAAGAAAGUCAAGUUUUUAAGAGGACCGUCCGCCCCAACACAAAAUAUGCAGUGAAAGUUUGUACUGUCAACAGAGCAGGCUGUGGACCAGUCAGCAGAUCUACAGACAAAUCAUCUUGUAUUUCUCCACCUUCAGUUCCUGCAUGGAUGCCAGAUUUCGAGCUAGGCACUUUAGAAGGCCCGGAGAAGUGUCGCCAAUUGAGGCUCAAGCUGCAAAGAGUUUCCGAAAGAAAUGGUUUUAUCAGAUGUUAUCGGGUGGUUGUAAUCAAGUUAGGGAAAGGAGAUUCAAUAUCAACCCUACCACAAAACCCUCAUUACAUUAAUCUCACGUCGUAUGAAGAAGUUCAUCAAGAAACUGACAACAGAGGAGCUUAUCUGGCCGAAGCAUUUGACAGCGAAAACUUUUCGAGCGAAGUUGUGAUCGGGGACGGCGAGUUCAGCCUCUGCGAUCCUCGAUCGGAGCCCCCCUUCCGUUUGAGGAGAUCCACGGAGGAGGAGAUAGAGGAGGAGGAGAGGACGCUCAGGGUGUACGACGGAGCUCUCGAUCCCGACACCAACUACUCGGGCUAUGUCGAGGUGCAGGUCUGGGGACCCGACGGACAGAUUUUAGCCAAACAGAGUGAAUAUUUCAAGCCAGCUCAGACUAGUAAGUGUUCACUGUCAAGUUCGGGUUCGAGUGCUGGUACCGCACCCCCGGUGAGACCCGCCGACAGCCCUAUGACCUUUCUCUUUGGCGUCAUCUGCGGAACCAUCCUGGUUGUGCUUGUUCUCAUUCUUGUCAUAUGUCUCAUCAGGCGUCGUAACAGCUGUCCUUAUGACGGUGACGAUGGGGAGCAUUUAGGUCUCACUGCCCUGCUCAGAAGAACCGUUCACAGAAGUUCCCAUCUGGCCAGAGGUAGUCACUUAGCAAAACUUCCGUAUUUCGGACCCAUCGCCGCUGAAGAGCUUCCGGCUGUUUACGCAGAAAAGCAUCUGGACACCGACCUACUCUUCCGCAGCGAGUUCGAGGCUUUGCCAGAUGUGUUUCGUGACAGAUCAACCACAGCAUCUGAUUGUAUAGAAAAUGCGUGCAAGAACAGGUAUCCGGAAAUCAAAGCAUAUGAUCAAACCCGGGUUCGGCUAUCAUCAGAUGUGGACGUUGUGGGGUCCGAUUACAUCAAUGCCAAUUUCAUCGAGGGCUACAAGGAAAGGAAACUUUACAUUUGUGCUCAAGCUCCGCUCAAACACACGAUAUCUGAUUUCUGGAGGAUGAUCUGGCAGCAAGGCGUGUCCGUCAUCGUCAUGCUCACUGGCCUAGAGGAAAAUGGAGAGGAAAAAUGUGCCCAAUAUUGGUCCGAUGGAAAACCUCUAGAAAUAAGUUAUUUUAGUGUGACACUCGUCAGUUUCAAAAAAUGUUCCGACUACAUUCUUCGAACUCUCAUCCUCAAAUGCUCCAAAAAUGAAGAAACGUGCCAACGGGAAGUCCUACAUUUCCAUUUCCUAAUGUGGAGUGAUUUCUUGAGCCCUGGCCAACCCUCUUGGCUUCUCAGAUUCAUCAAAAGAGUGAACGAACAUUAUUCGGCGGACAGAGGUCCUCUUCUCGUCCAUUGCAGCGAAGGCGUCGGUCGAACGGGGACGUACGUCGCCAUCGAUUCGCUGAGGCAGCAGCUGGAUGAAGAGGGUAUUGUAGACAUCUUUGCUUUCGUCACUCACCUCAGGUACCACAGAAGCCAUCUCAUAAGAACACUGGAAGAGUACAUGUUUGUGUAUCGGGCCCUCAUGGAGCAUGCGCAGUUCGGCGACACAGAACUAGAGCUGCAUCAUUUGCGGGACCAUUACGAGCUACUAAAGGGGAAAGUGCGAGACAACUGUAGGACUGGCUUAGAGGUCGAAUUCGAGAAAUUGAAUGAUGUCUUCGAAGAGCCCAAAACCUACUGUGUAGGUGCGUGGGAUGUCAAUAGGUGUAAGAAUAGAUAUGAAUGUAUCAUCCCAUAUGACAUGAACAGAGUCAUCCUUUUGCCUUCCAUCACAGAUCAAUCGUCCUAUAUCAAUGCAUCUCAUAUUCAGGGUUACUAUCGCUCUCUGUCAUUCAUCAUCACCCAAGACCCCCUGCCGCAGACCAUCUGGGAUUUUUGGAGGAUGGUCAAGGAACAGCACAUCACCACUCUUGUCAUGCUCUCCGAACUCGGCCCGGAUCUGAACAAGUGCCCUCAGUACUGGCCAAACGAGGAAGAGGAAGAGAUCUACGAAACAGUGCGGGUGAAGCUAAAAAGUUGUAGCCACACUUCGCAUUACAUUCUCAGGCAGUUCAUCGUCACAGAUAUGGAGGAUGAUCAGAAGCACUUGCUGAGUCAGUUCCAGCUGGUGAACUGGUCGUUGUGCGGAUCGGGCGUCCCGGACAACCUCUCCUCCCUCAUAGUGGCCAUCGAACACGUGCAGCAGCACUACAACAAUCAGCCAUCCUCGGGACCCAUCACGGUGCACUGCAGUGGGGGUGGAGACCGGAGCGGCAUCUACGUUGCCCUAAGCGAUCUCAUAGAACAAGCUCGCUGUGAUGAGAGAGUAGAUGUGUUCCAGACCACUAAAUAUGCCAGGGCGCAGAGGCACUGCUUAUUACAGACUUUGGAGCAAUACGACUUCCUGUACCGAGGACUCAUUCAUUACGUGGAGCGAUACAAUCUCUGCAAUAUGGGAGACACUCAGUUAUGAUGGCUGAUGGACCCUAGUCUCCUUAACCAGCCAUUAAAAC